AUGUACAUCGCUACGAUCAAUAUUGCAACAAGACAGAGCGACUGGAACGGAGAGCACUCGAUGUCCCUCGUAGACGCUCCACACCCCGUGGAGGCGCGGAACUUUCAGGGCGAGGAGCUGGUCGUCGGCCGGUGCAACUCGAGCGGCGACGGCGCGGCGGCCGCCGACGACGACGGACCCUCGGCACCGGCGUUGCUCGACGAUGUCCUGCACUUCCUCACGUUCAGGAUAAACGCUACGUGUUCGACCAGAUAUUACAGCAAGCUAGGGUUUCGUAGCUACGAAGGGGCAUGGACGGGCCUGCUCGGCGCGCUGACCGAGCGCUCAGUGGACAUCGCUCUGGAGCCCGUCACGGUCCACGCUCCACGCUACCAAGACAUGGACUUUAUCUUCCCAAUUGCUGAAACUAUGUGCAACAUCUACAUCCGGCAUCAGGAAACCUCGACAGUGCGGGAUAUUUUCUUGGCGCCGUUCAGUGCGCGCCUACUCGCCUGUGUGCUGGCCGUGGCAGUGGCCGCUUCGGUCGUCGUCGUACUUAUUAGCAGAGCUAGCCCUAAUCCGAACGAUCCUCGGCCUAUGGAGUAUACUGAGGCCUUUGUGUGGACUACAGGGAUUCUUUGUCAACAAGGCGGGUCAUGGACGCCGCCGGCGCCGGCGGCCAGCGUACUACUGAUUGUGUGUCUCCUCUUCGCCGUGGUGACGUAUAACGCGUACGCAGCGUUCAUCACGUCCGUGCUCUCCGUGCGCGUCGCCAGUGUCGACACCGUGGCCGCCGUACUACACUCGCCUAACUUUAAAAUCGGAUAUAUAAAGAAUGGAGCGGACCAGGCGUAUCUUAUGUCGACAAAAGACUCCCAACUGAAUGCGUUUUACAUCCGGGGGUAUUCGGACGCAGAGAAUCUGGUGUCUUCGGCAGAGGAGGGGCUCGCGCGCGCUGCGCGGUUGGACUACGCGUUCUUCGCUGGACAACGCGCCGCACGGUCCACACUAAAGUCUUUGAGCCAAGCGCGCGGUCGUUGUGCCCUGCGCGAGCUAGCGGUACCAUCCACGCGUGCUCAUCUCGCGUUCCCGCUACCCCUCCGCUCGCCCUACGCGCGUCCGACGCUCGUCAGUUUGCUGUUGCUGCGGAGCGGCGGUGCGAUGGCGCGGCUGCAGGCGGCGCUGGUGCCGGGCAUGCCGCGCUGUGAGCCGCCACCCGGCUUCGCAUCCGCGCGGGCUGCUGACGUGCGAUCCGCGCUCAUACUCCUCGUCAUUGGACUCGUUACUGCACUUUUACUAGGCAUGGGUGAAUACUUUUGGAAAAAUCGCAAAAAGUUCCAAAAACUUACGGCUCGAAACUUCGCGAAAAUACUAAACCGAAUCAGAUUUGAUUAG